AUGCGCGCGACAUCUGAAUUGCAUUUGGGAUUGACCUUGUUCCAGCGCAUCUUUCGGUAUGCGGACCGUACCAGUUGGAUCCUGAACGUCAUUGCAGCCAUCGCCGCUGUCGCUGCUGGAACACUACUACCACUCAUGGACCUAGUCUUUGGAAAAUUUGUGUCCACGUUUACUGGGUUUGCUACUGGCACCAUCACACCAGCUAAAUAUCGGUCUGAAGUGAACAAAUUCACUCUCUACUUUAUAUAUCUCUUCAUUGGAAAAUUCAGUCUCGUCUAUAUCCACUCGACUUUUAUAUCAAUAGCCGCAAUACGUACCACCAAGGCUGUGCGCAUAGACUUCCUCAAACACGUCAUUCGCCAAAAUAUCGCCUACUUCGAUUCAGAUGAGGCCGCCUCGGUCACAACGCAGGCCACCAGCAAUGGAAACAAUGUUAACAACGGUAUUUCUGAGAAACUUUCGCUCACAAUCCAGGGUGUAUCGACCUUCGUAACAGCUUUCAUCGUCGCCUUCAUCGUACAAUGGAAGCUCACUUUGAUCACAAUCAGUAUCGUUCCAACUAUUAUAGUCGUUAUUAGUGUUUGCGUGGGUCUCGACACCAAGAAUGAGAACCAGUUGUUAUCUAUCCAAUCAAAAGCUGGGCAGUUGGCAGAAGAAGUCUUCUCAACGAUACGCACUGUUCAUGCUUUUUGGCUCCAGCCUUUGUUGUCGCGCAAAUACGACAGUAUUCUCGGCGAUGCAGAGAAUGUAGGGAUGAAGAAAUCUCCCAAUUAUGCGGUUAUGUUUUCCACGGAGUUUUUCUGUAUCUACUGCGGCUAUGGAUUGGCCUUCUGGCAGGGCAUCCGAAUGUUUGCUCGAGGAGAGAUCAAAGAAAGCGGCGAUGUGUUUACCGUCAUCCUAGCCGUAAUAGUUGCAGCGACUGCAAUGACGACAAUUGCUCCUCAAAUUAUGGCUUUGGCAAAGGCAUCGUCUUCCGCAGAUGAGCUGUUCAAGACAAUUGACCGAAAGUCCCCGAUAGAUCCUCUGAGUGAAGAGGGUAAAAUACCUGAUGUAUGCAACGGCGUCAUUGAGAUCAAGGACGUCAGCUUUGCGUAUCCAGCAAGACCCGAUAUCACGGUACUAAAGAACCUGACUGUGUCGGCACCUGCAGGUAAAACGACAGCACUGGUUGGAGCCUCAGGCAGCGGCAAAUCCACCAUUGUCGGCUUGAUUGAACGUUGGUACGACCAGGCUAGCGGUGUGAUCUACCUCGAUGGUACAGAUAUCAGAGAGUUGAAUCUCACGUGGCUACGGACAAACAUCCGUCUUGUUCAGCAAGAGCCGGUCCUGUUCUCUGGGACCAUAUUUGAGAACGUCGCAUUCGGCCUUGUUGGUACUGAAAAGGCAAAUCUAUCUCAGGAUGAGCAACAGAAGCUGGUAGAAAAGGCCUGCAAGGAUGCUUAUGCCGAGGAAUUUAUCAAGAGACUGCCAAAGGGCUACGAUACGCAGCUUGGCGAGCGUGCUGCAAAUCUCUCGGGCGGUCAAAAGCAACGCAUAGCGAUUGCACGCAGCAUCGUUUCAGGGCCAACCGUCCUCCUCUUAGAUGAGGCAACUAGCGCCUUAGAUCCAAAAGCCGAAAAGAUUGUGCAGCAAGCCCUAGAGCGUGUCUCUCAAGGCCGCACCACCAUCGUCAUAGCGCAUAAGCUUUCUACAAUCCGCAAUGCAGACAACAUUAUCGUCAUGUCUAGCGGCGCUGUCGUGGAGCAAGGCUCACAUGAGGAGCUCCUUGCGCAAGAUGGAGCAUAUGCACGUCUUGUCCGCGCCCAGGAUCUUGGCCAGACCGACAGCGAAGAACACGUGGAUCAAGACUUUGCUACAGAGAAGGUUGAUCUUGAACGGACUCAGACCCAGAUCUUCGCCAUAAACAAUGAUGACGUUGAGCAACCGAGCAAAGAUGGUAUCAACUACAAUCUGGUCACAUGUAUAUGGCUGGUUCUCAAGGAAGUAGGCGAUGUCUGGAAAUGCUUCGUCUUAUUGACGAUAGCCGGUAUAUGUGGAGGAGCAACGUUCCCUGCUCAAGCCAUACUAUUCUCACGCGUCGUCGGAGCGUUUCAGUUGUCACCCGAAAGAGCUGUAGACGAGGGCGACUUCUAUGCUCUCAUGUUUUUCGUCGUUGCCCUUGGUAAUCUAGCCGUAUAUUCCGUUGUCGGAUGGACGAGCAACAUUGUAGCUCAAGUGGUAGAAAGGAAGUUCCGAAGCGAGAUAUUUGAUCUAGUCCUCAAGCAAGAUAUGGCCUUCUUUGACGACCCAAACAACGCUAGCGGUGCGCUCGUUUCAAAGCUCUCAGGAUAUCCCGACCACUUGCGCGACCUCAUGGGAUUUAACCUGAUGCUGAUAUGUAUCAAUAUCGUUAAUGUUGUUUCCAGCUCCAUUCUUGCAAUUUCCGUUGGGUGGAAGCUGGGCCUCGUCGUGGUCUUUGGAGCUCUACCGCCAAUCGUGUUUUCUGGUUACUUGAGGAUUCGUCUUGAGUUUAAAUUAGAGGAGCUUACUGGAAAGCGUUUUGCUGGCAGCGCUGCGCUCGCUGCUGAAGCCGUCUCCGCUAUUCGCACAGUAUCCAGUCUUGCACUUGAGCGACAUAUUCUCGCGCGAUACGAAGACUGUUUGCGUCAUGUUGAAAAGCAUAGCAUCAAAGCUCUAGUAUGGACCAUGUUCUGGUAUGCUCUCUCGCAAUCCAUCUCUUUCCUUGCAAUGGCUUUGGGUUUUUGGUACGGCGGUCGCCUAAUCAGUACUGGCGAGUACACAACAACUCAAUUCUUCACAGUCUUUAUUGGUGUUAUCUUUUCCGGAGAGGCAGCGGCAGGGUUCUUUUCCUACACAACAAGUCUGACCAAGGCGGCGACCGCGACGAACUACGUAUUUUGGCUACGAAGACUAACCCCGGCCGUAGAAGAAGACCCGUCCAAGCCUCCCUUUGAUAACGAAAAGGACAAGGGUCCGGCCUAUAUCGAAGUGGAUGAUAUUGCGUUCGCAUACGUGUCUCGACCACACACUAAAGUUCUCGAAGGCAUCGAUGUUGACGUACAGCCCGGCCAGUUCAUCGCGUUCGUGGGCGCAUCCGGUUGUGGCAAGUCGACCAUGAUAUCCCUUCUUGAAAGGUUCUAUGACCCUACUGCCGGGCGGAUAACUUGCGACAAUCAAGCCUUGACAGAACUCUGUCCCCGCAAAUACCGCCGUGACGUUUCGCUGGUUCAACAAGAGCCCGUAUUAUACCAAGGCUCGAUCCGCGACAACAUUGCCAUGGGCAUCGAAACUGAUGUUACGGAUGCGCAAAUUGAGAAAACAGCCAAACAAUCCAACAUUUAUGAUUUCGUCGCAUCCCUGCCGGACGGCUUCGCAACCAUGUGUGGCAAUAGGGGCACACAGUUGUCUGGAGGACAACGUCAACGGAUUGCAAUAGCCCGGGCCUUGAUACGCGAGCCGCGCCUUCUUCUGCUUGAUGAAGCCACAUCCGCACUCGACACCGAGUCUGAGCGGGUGGUUCAGUCGGCCCUAGAGGAGGCACAGAGCGGACGUACAACCAUUGCAGUGGCGCACCGCCUCAGUACAAUCAAGGAUGCAGAUACAAUCUUUGUUUUCGCCAAGGGAAAAGUUGUGGAGAGUGGGACGCACCAAGAGUUGCUUGCGAAGAGAGAAGUGUAUUAUGAAAUGUGCUUGGGUCAGAGUAUGGAUCGAGCCAUACCGGCCUAG